AUGUCAAAGUCCGAUCUUUCAAGCAUAAAGUUAUCAUAUGCAACGCCCUCCUUGGGGAUGCACCCCACGCAUACGCUCCCGCUCAAGCUCUCUGCUAUCUCCACAGCUGGAUACCAAGGCUUCGAACUUGGCUUCGACGACCUCCUCUCUUUCGCGCGCCAAUAUCUUCGAAUCUCAGACCUUGCCGAGGAUGACUAUGAUAAUCUGUGCACAGCCGCCGGAGAGGUCGGGCGUCUUUGUGAUGAGUUGGAACUUGAGGUACUUGUAUUUCAGCCAUUCUCAAAUUUUGAAGGAUAUGCGGAGGGAACAGAGAAGCGAAAAAAGGCCUUUGACAAGGCAAGGGGAUGGAUGAGGAUCAUGGAUGCGGUGGGGUGUGAGAUGCUUCAAGUCGGGUCAAACGACGACCCAUCCAGCAUUUCAUCAUUCCCCGAAAUUGCCAGAGACCUCGCGGCCCUGGCAGACUUAUACCAUCCUCGCCGUAUCGCAUACGAGAACUGGGCUUGGGGUGCCCACGUCAACACCUGGACACAUAUCAAUGAAGUGAUAAAGCUCGCUGACCGCCCCAACCUUGGGCUCUGCCUCGACACAUUCCAGACAGCCUCACUAGAAUGGGGGGACCCUUGUGUUCCUUCCGGGAAGAUCGAGAACGCCGACGAGAUCUACAAAGCCUCUUUAAAGAAGCUUGAGAAAGAAGUGGAUCCGGAAAAGAUAUUCUUUUUCCAGAUAUCGGAUGCGUACCACAUAGUGCCGCCGCUGGAGCGAGAGGGGGAGACCCCGCCAAGGGGGAGGUGGAGUCAUGCGAGUAGACCGCUGCCGUACCAUGGCGGAUAUUUACCAGUGCUAGAUAUGGUAAAGGCAGUUCUGAGAACGGGGUUUAGAGGUUGGUUUAGUGUAGAGGUAUUUUUGGAGGAGGAGCAUUCGAAAGAGCUGAAAGACGGGUUGUUGGAUGACUGGGCGAAAGAGGGCAUGAAGUCUGUCAAGAGACUGCUGGAAGAUGCAGAGAAGGGAAUCUGA